CUCUCAAAAACGUUGUGAGGAUGACAGUGGCUGCAGCCCGCCAGCUGGUGGUCUGUAGGUUAAGAAAAGUGAUUAUACAUGUGUUUUUAAUGUUGCCCCCACACUUAUUUUGUGUCUUGACGAUAGGGAAUACUAGGUACGGUUGAGACAAACAGCAUGGACAAAGGCUCACAGUUUCGACCUGCCUAGUAACAAGUGUAGUUCUUCGAAGGACAUUCCAGCAGUCUUUUUGAUUUUGUCUAUCCACCGUGUCUGUUGUUUCCCCCUUCUUUGACUUAUCUCAACUUCGCCAAAUAAUUUUAUCUAGUCCAUCAUCUACCCGCAUCGCACUAUGAAACUACUGUAUGUGUAUUUCUACUUGUAGAUCAUCGCCUCAAGGGAACAGUCUUUAUCUGAUCCAGGAUUGAUUGACUGGCUCUUCUUGCAGUCCACAGUACCCUUAGAAACGAUUUCCAGCUCCAUUGUUCAAAGGUAUAUCUUUUUCCUUUCACUCUUUCUCACUAUCUACCUUUCAGAGCUAUACAUCAUCACGGAAAGAUGACAGCUUUAACCAUUCUGCUGUUUGUUGUUACAGAAAUAGCCUUUCAGGAUGUAUAUGUUUGUCUUCCUCUCUAGGAUUAAUCGCCUCUUUACUUCUCCAGCACACCGUCCAUCUUGUGAAAACAUCUCAUCUUCACUUCCUCACCGUCAGCUAUCAUGCAACCUGUUGAAACUUUGUCUGUGUUUGAGGCUGCUCAGAAUACAGCUUUAAUGAAUGGACUUUGCCUUGUCACUGAAUCAACAGGAGAUAUCACUUCAUUGGCAGUUCCAGAGACCAAGGAACUCCAGCAAGCUAAAUUGGUCUUAGAGGUAUCAGACCGGAUGUAUUGCUCUGUUUGCUCAAGGGCUUUUGAGAAUCGAGAUGAUCAGAAGGAGCAUUAUCGGUUAGAUUGGCAUCGCUUCAACCUAAAACAGCGAUUGCUGGGACGUCAGAUGCUCACAGCUGAAGAAUUUGAGGCAAAGACUCAAGCAGAUGAUGUCUCCAGUAUCUCUGGUUCUGAUUCCAGUGACUGUGAGUCAGAUACUGAAUCUGAAUCACAAUCUUGUCUGAACAGUGAAAGAAAAGGAACUGGCUAUUGCAAUCCACGCUCUCAGCGGGGCAGUUUAGAAGAGCCUGCAGAGCUGGUGACAUCCCUUCAGAGGCAGAACCCCAGAACCUCCUGGGUUAUCCUGAUGGCUGGUGGGGGUCACUUUGCUGGAGCUGUUUUUCGGGGGAACGAGGUGUUGGCACACAAGACUUUCCAUCGGUACACUGUGCGAGCUCGACGAGGUACAGCCCAAGGAGUGAGGGAUGCUCAAGGAACAAUGCCGAAAUCUGCUGGUGCCUCAUUACGGCGCUACAAUGAGGCUUCUCUGCUUAAAGAUAUUCAGGAGCUGCUGAUGAGCUGGACAAGUUACUUAAAAGAAGCAGAGUGCAUCUUCCUUCGUGCUCCUCAUAAUAACCGAGCUCUCUUCUUUAGCAGCAAGCAUGGCCCUCUUCAGCGAGGUGACCCACGUAUCCGGGGCAUUCCUUUCAGCACCCGAAGAGCCACCUUCCGUGAGGUGGAACGGGUGCAUGGGGCUUUAAGUAGUCUGCAAGUAUACGGAAGUAAUACAACAGUGGCAGAUCUGAUUAGUUCUCCUCGGAAGACCUGGAACAAAGUAGCUCAUAAGGAUGAAACAUCUACACAGUCUCAAGGCACUAUCCCUGUAGCAAGGACAGAGGAGGAGGAAGAAGUAGAAGUAGAGGAAGGAAAUCUGGAACUGGUGGAGGAGACACUAAAUUUACUUGAUCUACGUGAAUUUGAAGUGACCCCAAAACCGAAUCGCAAAAAGAGGCGACGGAAACCCAAAGCAUUGCCAAAGUCUAACACAGAGACUUCAGGAAAUGUUGAAUCCAAGACCUCAUUAUGUAGAGGACCGGAGUCACCUGAGGUCCAGGAAUGGCAAGAGUCUCAAGAUGCUCCCAGCACAACUGUGCAGGAUGCCUUGUUCACAGCAUGUAAAAUGGGAGACGUGGGAGCCCUACAGCAUCUUCUGGGGAUAGCUAAUAAUGCAACAAAUGACAGCGAGUGCAGUGAUAAAGCCACCAAACAGUUGCUCAACACACCCCUGGAUGAGAGUGGCUGGACUGUUUUGCAUGUGGCGGCGGCAGCAGGAAGAAGUGCAGUUGUGCGGCUGCUGUUGGAGAGCGGGGCUGACCCUGCUGUCAGAGACAGACAAGAACAGCCUCCAUACUGUGUGUCUACCAACAAGCAAACCCGUAAUGAAUUCCGUAGAUUCAUGGGUGAACAGCCGGAGAAGUAUGACUACACCCGGGCUCAGGUGCCUGGACCUCUCACUGCUGAAAUGGAAGCCAGACAGGCAGAACGCCGACGGGUGCAGAAAGCCCUACGGAAGCAGCAGGAGCGAGAAGAACGAGACGCGCAAUUGCUUCUGGAGCAAGAACAAGAAGAGAAAAGGCGUUUUGCCCUGCUCAGCGAUCGUGAGAAGCGUGCUCUGAUGGCGGAGAGGAGACUUGCUUCCCAAUUAAAAGACUCUGGUGCAUCUUUGACCAACACCAGACGCUGCUGGUUGUGUGGGGAAUCCCUGCUGGGUUGCAUCCCUUUCCAUUAUCUUGACUUCUCUUUCUGCUCCACAAGUUGUCUGCAAGCCCAUCGACGAGGGAAAGCUGCUCCAUCCUAGCUGGGGGUUUUGCUUUGGCAUCAAGGGACUGUGCUUCAGCAGAAAUCCUACCCCGGGACUGUUGUCACUUUAGAAUGGUGAGAGGUCAAGCAUAGCAGGGAAGACAAGUAACUGUUUCCAUGUACUUCAUAGGGAGGCUAAUAUGGACAGCUGUUAUUUGAGAAAUGAACUUCCUUCGUGAGAAUUUAUGUUUUUCAAUUUUAAACUAGAAUGUUUAGGAACUGGAUAAAAAGGUUAUUAGAGCAACCUCUCCCCCCAGAUAUAUUGGGCCUGUCCCACCAGAAUUCACUGCUGACGGGGAGUUCUGCAAGUUAAGAAUUCUAAUACAUCGGAACUGUGCUGCUUGGAGAAGGCUGUAUUAGGCAGUAACUGAACAAAGAACACAGAUAACAAAAAUGGAAGAAUCCUUGAGCACAUUAUGCUUUUUUUUUUUUUUGAGCUAAUUUGAUGAUCUCUUAGCUAGUACUGUUUCACAAAUAGCGAUGGAUGUCUUAAGAAUCAAGAUAAACCCAUGGUUGUAUUUAAUAUACAACACAGAGAACUUUACAUCUGUUACUGAUGUUUUUAUGUGCCUUAUCACCAAGUAUGUCUUCUGGGUAUGUCUAGGCUCAUCCUACUUUCACUGAAUCUUUUGCCAGUUUUCAACUGCAGCUCUGUCCUGAUACUAGUGCAUUGCCAAGAAAUAAUGGCAUUACAGUGCCAUGCCAGGUACAGAAAUAUUUAAUUUGGCGACUGGUAUUACCCAUCCCGAGCACCUAUACAGCAUCAGCUGCAAGUAAUACUCCAGUGAAAGACCUGGACACCAAAUAACUGCAGUUUACUUGGGCUGUUUAUUAGAGCUUAAGUUGUAGUCUGAUACUUUAUUCAUUUGAUUCUUAUAAGGCAGUGAUUUCAGCUGCGUUUCUUCAUAAUAUGCCAUGGGUCUCAGCAAUGUCACAGUUGGAUAGUAUUUCCGCUUAUUUCAUGUCUUUGUGAGUGAUGCUGUGAGUACCAUUGAGAAGGGGCCGGUCAAGAAAAAGUACCUUUGGAUCUGAUGGUGCAUUCUGCAGUUCCAGCACUACAACAGUAUUGAGGACUGAGGUACUGAGGAGCAAGCCAGGCACAAAGAGGGUUUGCUGGGGUCCACGAACUGGCCAGAAACGGCCCAGGUUAAAACCAUUGAUCCAGAUCUGGCCCUAGUUAAAAAAAUAAGAGUGGUUUUUACAAGGUAAUACUUCAUCUUUAUUUGGACACCCCAAGAGACUACUGCAUUGAUUUCAUAUUUUAUUAUCUAACCUAAAGCCAGGAAGAUCAUCAACGGCAAGAGAAAGUUUACUAGUAAAGGCUUAGAAAUUAAUUCUAUAUGUGUGUAGACUGCAAUCCUGACUAUGACUUGAAUGCAUAACAACAGGAAGACAUAAAUUAAGACGGUAAAAAGAGAUUUUUCUUCUUUGUUCAUGUAAUUAUUAUGUAAUUUAAAAUGCUGAAUGCAUUUUAAAAACAUUCAUAGGGGCAACUGGCAAACAUAUAAACGUUUUACACAAUGCUAAAAGCCAGUGAAUCUUUACGUUAUGAACCUGUAAUACAGUGUAGUUCUAUAAAGUAACUCUAUUUAGCAGUUUAAAUGACAUAAAACUAAUUUUUUUUGGCCCCUUGUAAUAUUUUGUCCCUCCUGUCCGCCAACUUGACCUUAAUGGCCAUCUAAUUUUAAUAAUCUUAAAAUAGUGAAUAAAGGCAAACCUUUUACUUAAAAACUAA